AUGUCGAACGAGGUUGUGAUUGUCAACCUUCGAUCUAAUCUUAUCUUUGACUUCUGGUCGAAUCUAAGCGCCCCUAUCGUACCGUACCGUAUUACCACACAAUUAUAUUCCCUGUACUUAGGACCCAGAACACUUGCAUCAACAAACCUGCACAGUGCUCAGAGGAAGGCUUUCAUAAGCUAUUCGAGUAUGUUCAACACCUCCCAGACCCUAUCGACCACAGAUGUCUAUUAUUCGACGACCCCAAUUGAUCUCAAAGCACCAUACAAUGUAACCACCGCUGGCCGGAAAACCAUUCUGAUUACCGGAGGAGCUCGUGGCUUGGGUGAAGGAAUGUUGAGGAAGUUUGCGAAACUCGGUGCUACCGUGAUAGUCGGCGACCUUAACGAGUCCCGCGGGGAGUCGGUUAUUGCAAAAGUCCGGAAGAGCUCGGACAACGAAAAUGUGCAUUUCUUACCUCUCGAUGUCACAUCCUACACCUCACAGUGUGAAUUCUUCCGUAGUGCCCGGGAACUUUCCCCGACGAAAAAGAUCACAACUGUAAUCGCCAAUGCAGGUGUCGCUGAACUGGGUUCUUUCAUCGAAUCUUCUCCGACAAAAAUCCCUCUCGACGUUGACCCCCCAGAACCAGACAUGACAACCGUGGACGUGAACUUUAAAGGGGUUUUAUACACAACAAAGCUUGCGCUUCAUCAUCUGCGGUCGUCUCCUGUUGGUCAGAGGGAACUCAUCCUUGUCGGAUCAAUGUCGAGCUUCACCAGCGGACCAAUGAUGGCAGUUUAUUCUGCUACCAAGCAUGGAGUUUUGGGGCUGUUCCGGUCGAUAAGAUUGUUUCCUAGUAAACGUGACGGAGUCCGGAUCAAUAUGAUAUGCCCAUACUUUGUGGACACUCCAAUAGUUCCCAUCGGGGGUAAGGUGAUGUUGGCAGGGUUGGAGAUAGCAGUAUUAGAUGAUGUAGUUGAUGCUGUCUCAAGAUUGGUUUGCGAUGAGGGGAUUGCGGGAAGAUGCCUCGCCAUCGCCCCUCGCCAAGCAGGAGGUGUUAUGGAGGUCGGAGUUCAAGAGAUGGAAAAUGUGGACGCGUUCUGCAAAAGAGUCGUUAUAGCCAUGAAUAUGCGGAGCAAGAUGGAGAUCUUCACAAAGUUUCUUGUGGACAUCCUGUGGCUUCUGGUUGUAGGGCCUAUACUCAGACUCGUCAAGGAGUAGGGAGGGGAGCAUUGUUGAUGAUUUGCCUUUUUUCUAGUUAACGGUCCGACUGUUUUCACGUAUGCUCCCUCUUUUACACGGAAUAUACGAUUCUAAUGUUGGAUUGAGCAUCGCAUUUGUCCGGCAUAGUGGGAGCGAUCGAUACCAAGUUGCAUUUGGGUGAGACCAUACGAUUACAGCUCAGGCAACGGCGGCGGUUGUUUUUCAUGUUUUUCAUUUUUUUCUUCUGUCAUAAAUUUUAAAGGACGAGCUUUAAAGCUCAGCGUACCCUCAUUAUCUUAAUAAAAGCGUCUCAAGGAUUGAUCCCCUAUGAGAUUUGCCAAUUUGUGGACCUGUUUAUCCAUACGCUGUCCAACCGGUAAAGUUUUCCGUCGAAUGUGGGGGGAGGAAUCAGAAGGUGGAUUGAUAUGUAUGAGU